UUCAAAACGAACGACACAUCACUCGCGAGCAGCCGGAAAAGGCUGCUACGUGGCUGCAUGGUGUCGCUGUUCCCUCUCUAAACUUUCUGAGGACUGAAUGUGUGACUAUGAAAACUAAUACACAUUUAACCCUCCUUCACCCUUUGGAUCUUUAAUAAACUUUUUAAGAGUAGUGAACUUCAAAUAUUUUUGUAAGGACGUAAAGAAAAGACAAGCAAAAUGCCGAGCGACGGAGUGAAGCAGAGGAAAGGAAAAGCAGCUGCUGCUCAUCACGUCGAAACAACAGACAUAUCCAAACCGUGUGGAAAAGAUGAAGUUAAGGAAGCUGGAGAUGCGCCUGGAAAAACUGGUCCGUACUCUUCAGUAGAUGUCAGUACUGUAGUGAGUUUGCUGUCUCUGAGUGCUUGCUUUCUGCUCGCCUGGGCCAUUCUUCAACAGAAUGCAAGGUUUAAUGAAGUUGAGGAAAAAUACAAGCAUUUGUAUGAAAAGGCAGCUGAUCUGCUAGCACUGGAGGAGAAACUUAGUGUAGCUUCCAGAAAGCUGAAGGCCUCUGAAGACCAGCUGAAAGGGGCAUUCUCCUCUUUCACCACACUAACUGAGCUGCAAGAGGAAGUUAGUUCCCUCAAUGGGAUUGUUACAGCAAUGCAAGAGAAGCAACAUGCAUCAUCACAUCGCCUUCAAAGCGUGAAUGAGCGCUUCUUGAACGUGACUGAGGCGUGGCAGGACGGACUGGCCACCGUGACUGAGGAUCUGACGACGCUGAGGUCGGAGUCCCGCUUAGUUCAUGGUCGUGUAACAGAACAUGUUAACAAAGCUGAGGCGCGCCUGCGUGCUCUGGCCAAGCGUCUGGAGGAGCUAGAAGACAGUACAAAGAUAAAUGGUGGCGUGUUGGAGCGCACAGAGGAGGAAGAUGCCAAGAAUGUCCAAAAUCAGUUGGAUUGGAACACCAAGCAGGUGACCAGGCUUCAGGAGCAGCUUGUGUUGCUCUCCAAAAGAGACAUGGAGCUUGAGGAGAAACUGGUGGAGGCGGAGCCACAGGCUAAAGAAUGUGAAGCACAGCUUCCUGCCAUAGAGGAUGCAGUCAGGUCCAUCCUGAGGUUAGGAGCUGACUUAAGUGGAGCCGAGAGGAGGCUUGAGGAACUCGCGCUGCAAGUGGUGGGCACUGAGGACAGCAUGCUCAAGGCACUGACUGAGAUUCUGCAGCUCCAGCAGACCCUUGAUGAUUUGCAGGUGAACAACAGCGUGAUGAAAGUGAGGAAUGAGCUCACAGUUGUCCUGGAUGCCAUGAAGGAGCUUAAGCAUGUGCGUAGAGAAGAGCUGGAUUCUGAAAGAGAGGAGUCUGAACAUGAUUAGGGGAAAGACGAGACAUUGAUUUCAAGCAAUUAAAUGAUCUAAAAGGUUUGGUGUGGAAAAGUUUCCCAAAAUCAACAGCAGGUAACAGCAAGACUGUAGAAGCUGAGAAGAUCCCAUUGACUGAAUUCAGUGAACUGCACUGAUAUUUUGUUUAAAGACAGCCUGAAAUUAAAAUUGACUUUUUUGUGUGUGCAUGUUUGUUAAUGUACCUCCCCAUUGUAUCAGUCACUUAUGGAA